CUUUAUUGGACGGGUCAAGCGCGGUGCUCGCCAUGUGUCAGCCGGGGCUGAGCUCGGAUGCUCGAGGAUUUCAGGUCCUUGCUGCGAAUGAAUCCAUUUCUCAGAGUGCAGACUUCAGCAUCAUUCAGAAGAUCCUGACCGCGAACCUAUGCAUCAAACCUGUCGCUGGUAGAAUGCCAGCCCAGUACAGAACAGAUGAUACGCCAGCCCCGUACAGAACGGAUGCUACGAAAGAUUACCCGGAGGCAGUUCAAAUUUCUGAUCAGCCUGCCUUCAUGGAGUUCUCGGUUGACUCCGAGGCUCGUUUCACCUACCCAAGUCCCAGUGGCGUGACCGUGUUGGGAUCGCGUGUGGCGGUUGUGCAACCAAAAGGAGACACAGCGUCCUCCAAGCGCUUGCUGACAAUCUUGGGAUCACGUGCGCCUGGCUUCGGGUUGAUGCAGCACGGCAGCGAAGCAGCCUCCGUUCGAUUUUCGAAGCUUGCGGGCUCUGGGGUUUUUGACGAGAGGAGCGGCUGCAAUGAUUCGAGGAUCUCAACUCCAAUUGUUCUGAAAAAGAGUGAUCAUUUGCCCACGGCUCUCAGCCUGGGCAGUGUUUCUGCAAGAAGCUUACUUGUUUUGCUCUGGGUGUUGCGUGUGGCAUUCCCAGCUGGUCCCAGAUUCCGUUGGAGCAGUUGCAGUCCGGGCUGCGGCAUGCCUAUGUUGGGAUCUGCGUGCGUGCCCAUGCAGCGCGGCACAGUGGACUCCGAGUUUGUGAUUUCAGGGUCGAUUGCUCUAAGAAACCGAAUUGGUCAUGAAAAAUGCCGGCCGCAGUCUCGACGCUCUGGGGCUCCCUUGGCUCUCAGCCUCGGUGGCGUGCGUGAGGUUUCUCUGGUUGAAAGUGCGGUGGUUUUGCUCGUAUCCUUGCAUGGGUACAUUCCAGCAGCUUGUCCCCGAUUCUGUCGGAGUAGUCGAAGUCUGGAUCGUGGCGUGACUGUGUUGGGAUUCCGCGUGCCUGUCAUGAUGAAGCAGAACCGUAGCACUUCAGCCUGUAUUCACGCUCUUCCCUUGCCGUUUUUCCAUUCAAUUCAGGCAAGCAGUCCAAGUCUCGGCUUUGGCAUGACUAUGUUGGGAUCACGUGUGCGGAGCAUCAUGCAGUGCAACAAUCGCAGCACAGCGGCCUCCGUUCGGUUUUCGAAGCUUGCGGGCUUUGUGCUUCUGCCCGCAGCGGCUGCCAUGAUUCCACUAAGUCUCAUUGCUGGCAGGCGAUGUCGGACAUCUCGUUCUUUUGGAUCUUGCACUUUGCCCUGGGCGCUCCCCAGUAGUGUUUGUGUGUUUGAAGGCGCGGUGGCUUUGUCCGUUGCCUUGCAUGGGUACAUUCCAACAGCUUGUCCCAACUUCCGUCGGAGUAGUCGAAGUCUGGACUGUGGCGUGACUGUGUUGGGAUCCCGCGUGCCUUGCAUGAUGAAGCAUAGCACUGCAGCCUCUGUUCAGGCUCUUCCCUUGCUGUUUUUCUAUUCAGUUCAUGCAAGCAGUCCAAGUCUCGGCUUUGGCAUGACCAUGUCGGGAUCACGUGUGCGGAGCAUCAUGCAGUGCAACAAUCGCAGCACAGUGUCCUCCGUUCAGUUUCCAAGGCCUGUGGCAUUUUCGCAGAGGGUCAGGGCACCAGAGAUUUCUUGGACUCCUUCUGGUUUCUGCAUUCUAGCAGCAACCUGCCUGUUGCAGUCUCAGAAUUCUCAGCUUGAGCGGGCUGUUGAUUUGCUGCUUGUCCACUCAACCCAUGGCCUGUUUGCAACAUAUUCGGCUGAUCCCGCAUUCCGUCGAAGCUGUCCAAUGCCAGGAAGUGUCAUUUCUCUCAGAAGCCUCGCUGCUGUUGCCCGCGAGUCGCCAGGCAAACCGUCUCAGUCUCGACUUUUAGGCUGUUGGACUCCGUUGGCUGUCAGCCUCGGUUGCGUUAGUGUGCGUGAAAGUCAAUUUGCUUUGCUCAAUGCCUUGCAUGAGAACACGCCAGCGGCUGGUUCCAGCUUGCCUUGGAGCAGUCCGAGUCCGGGCAUGAUUGUGUCGGGGUCAUGUGUGCCUGGCCGAAUGCAGCACAACAGCAGCACGGUGACCUCCGUUCAGUUUCCAAGGCCUUGGGCAUUUUCGCAGAGGGUCAGGGCACCAGAGAUUCCUUGCAUUCCGAUUCGAUCAGUAGCCUGCCUGUCGCAGUCUCAGAGUUCUCCGCUUGAGCGGGCUCUUCCCUUGCUGCUUGUCCAUUCAGUUCUUGCAAGCAGUCCGAGCCUCGGCUUUGGCACUAUGUUGGGACCACGUGUGCGGAGCAUUCGCAGAGCGGCCUCCGUUCGGUUUUCGAAGCUUGCGGUAUUUCUGCCGAGUGCGCAGGUGACCUUUGCUGGUUUCAGCAGUGUCGCCUGCCUGUCGUGGGCACCGGCUGCAAGGAUUCCAGGAACUGUCACUCCCAGCCUGGCUGCUUGUGAGUCGCCAGGCAAGCCGUCUCAGUGCCACUCUCGAUUUUUGAGCUCUUGGACUUUCUUGGGGUUGGUUCGAGUAGCCGGAUGGAGCAGCAGUCCAAGUCUGGUCCGCGGUAUGACUGCAGUGGGAUCACGCUUGCCCAGCAUUCUGAAGCACGACAACCGCAGCGCGCGGCCUUUGUACAGUUUUCGAGGCUUGUUGCAUUUUUGCAGAGAGUCCAGGGUUGUCAGGAUUCCCUUUGCUUUCUGUGUCGGCGCAGGUUCCUGCCUGUCACAGUUGCAGGGUUAUCAAUUUAAGCGGGCUCUUCCCUCGCUGCUUGGCAUUGUCCAUUCAAUCCAUGGCGUACCUGCAACUCCCGGAUUUCGUGCAAGCAGUCGUCUCGGCUUUGGCACUGUGUUGGGAUCACGUGUGCCGGGGAUGCAGUGCAACAACUGCCGCGCUGCGGCGUUUGCUCAGCUUCCGAGGCUUACGGGCUUUCUGCUUGUGCCCAGGGCAGCGGCCGCAAUGAUUCCAAGUCUCAUUGCUGGCAGGCGAUGUCGGACAUCUCGUUCUGUUGGAUCUUGCACUUUGCCCUGGGCGCUCCCCAGUCGUGCUUGCGUGUUUGAAAGCACGGUGGUUUUGUCCGUAUCCUUGCAUGGGUACAUUCCAGCAGCUUGUCCCAGAUUCCGUCGGAGUAGUCGAAGUCUGGACCGUGGCGUGACUGUGUUCGGAUCCCGUGUGCCUGGCAUGAUGAAGCAGGACUGUAGCACUGCAGCCUCAAUUCAGGCUCUUCCCUUGCUGUUUUUCCAUUCAAGUCAUGCAAGCAGUCCAAGUCUCGGCUUUGGCAUGACUAUGUUGGGAUCACGUGUGCGGAGCAUCAUGCAGUGCAACAAUCGCAGCACAGCGGCCUCCGUUCGGUUUUCGAAGCUUGCGGGCUUUGUGCUUCUGCCCGCAGCGGCUGCCAUGAUUCCACCAAGUCUCAUUGCUGGCAGGCGAUGUCGGACAUCUCGUUCUUUUGGAUCUUGCACUUUGCCCUGGACGCUCCCCAGUAGUGUUUGUGUGUUUGAAGGCGCGGUGGCUUUGUCCGUUGCCUUGCAUGGGUACAUUCCAACAGCUUGUCCCAACUUCCGUCGGAGUAGUCGAAGUCUGGACUGUGGCGUGACUGUGUUGGGAUCCCGCGUGCCUUGCAUGAUGAAGCAUAGCACUGCAGCCUCUGUUCAGGCUCUUCCCUUGCUGUUUUUCUAUUCAGUUCAUGCAAGCAGUCCAAGUCUCGGCUUUGGCAUGACCAUGUCGGGAUCACGUGUGCGGAGCAUCAUGCAGUGCAACAAUUGCAGCGCAGCGGCCUCCGUUCGGUUUUCGAAUCUUGCGAGGUUUGUGCUUCUGUCCGCAGCGGCUGCAAUGAUUCCACCAAGACGGACAUCUCAGUCUCGUUUUUUUGGACCUGGAACUUUGCCCUCGGCUCUCACCCCGGGUCGUGUUUGUGUGUUUGACAGCACGUUUGUUUUGUUUGUUUUGUCCGUCGCCUUGCAUGGGUACAUUGCAGCAGCUUGUCCCCAAUUCGGUCCAACUCCGGCGGUGGCAGGGCUUGUGUUGGGACUGCGUGUGCAGGGCAUGACGCAGCAUGAGCGCAGCCCAGCAGCCUCUGUGCAGAUUUCGAAGCUUGCGGCCUUUGUGCUUCAGCCCGCAGCGGCUGCCAUGAUUCCAGCAAGUCUCAUUGCUGGCAGGCAAUGUCGGACAUCUCGUUCUUUUGGAUCUUGGACUUUGCCCUGGGCUCUCCCCAGUCGUGUUUGCGUGUUUGAAAGCACGGUGUUUUUGUCCGUAUCCUUGCAUGGGUACAUUCCAGCGGCUUGUCCCAGAUUCCGUCGGAGUAGUCGAAGUCUGUCCAGUGUGCCUGGCAUGAUGAAGCAGAACCGUAGCACUGCAGCCUCCAUUCAGUUUCCAAGGAUUGCGGCAUUUUCGCGGAGGAUCAGGGCUCCAGUCAUUGAUUGGACCUGCCUGUUGUGGUCUCAGAAUUCUCAGCUUGAGCGGGCUCUUCCCUUGCUCCAUUCAAUUUAUUGCAUUGCAAGUCUUGUUGGCAGUGAUCGAGCAGCUCCCGCUUGCAAGCUGCGACGUCAGUGGCCUCAGCCUCGACCUCUGCUUGUUCUGGGCGCGCGAGCUGCGUCUCUCCGAAAUCAAGCCGAGGCUACGAUCCACGAGCUCCUGGAAGGAAUCCAGGCAUUGGAAUUGGCCCGAGCAACCGCGAGGGUGUCACCCGUGACUCAAAUCUGCAGUCCACUGGCGGUUUUGGUUUCGCGUAGGUGCUUCCAUCUUUGGGAUCCAGCUUCGCGUUCUCGGUUGCUGCAGUUCGACUUAGCCGAGAUGCAAGUCAUGCAGAUUGACCCAGCCAUGCGUGUGACCAAGUCUGAGUUGGCAGCAAACCGGCGCUGUUUAACAGUUGAGACCGCGUGGAAAGAGCCAAGAGACACUUCGGGACUUGUCCUGUUCGAAGGCGGGACUCGAAGUCCACCGCUUGAAUUAGAAAGGAUCGCCGGCGACUUGGCGCGGCUUUGGCCUGCAGCCGCCGCAUCAGUGCCUUCCGUGGAGAAGACUCUUCAGCAUGGCGGCUUCGUUGCACUGAUCCAGGAAACUCUCUCCUUCGCGGAGUCCGGAGAGUCCGUGACCCUAGCAGGCCACUCUCUUGGCGCCAACGUGGCGCAGAAGGUGGCGGAGUGCCUGGACGGCGCCGGCGUCGACGUGAGGGGCAUUGUAGCUUUGGACCUCCGAACCACGGGGCGACGCGCUGCCCAGAUCCCGGACUUUCACCCUUCCUUGGUCCCAGCUCUUGCUCCCCGCAUCCGGCUGGAGACUCUACAGGUGGCCUUGGAGUCGCCCUUGGUGCCCUUCCCUCCGAUGCCGCAACGCCAAUUUCGCCUGAGAAGCGAAGUGGCACAAGAGGCCACGGUUCCCGAGAUGGACAAGCUGUUGACGGACACCGACCACUUCAUGCUCAGGCAGUCACACGUCUGGGACAUCGCCGCCUCUGUGUACCAGAAGGCUGGACCUGGUUUCCGAGCACUGCGUGGAAGCAGCAUGUGGGCAAGGUCAGGCAAUUCCAAGUGCAAAGGUGUUGGGUGAGGCCCGUACCUUGUGAUGAAACUGCUUUGUCACGCCAGGUCAAGGACAGUGACAGGCGCCAUACAAAUUCGCUGAACUCCCGUGCAUGCCGCUAGGACUUGGAGGCGCUGGCGUUUGAAUGAAAGCGAAACUCAUCUGUUCGUCUUCAACGAGAAUCGAGGUGAGGCCAAAGCCAAACCUGCGCAACCAAUAUCAGUCAGCGCAAGCCUGCCUCAGAACCCAGCGCCGGGGUGAAGUCUGAUGGGAAUCGUAUUACAAGCUUCUAUAUGCCUGACUACUUCGCGCAAGAAUGGAUUAUACAUGUCAGUUUGUUAGAUCUAGUUUGAUCUAGUUUUAUCUAUUUG